GCCCAGAGCACUUCCCGAUCUUGGCGGAAACAGACCACCAACAUGGGCGAGUAAGCACACGCCUUAUCUUUCGUUUGAUAGAAGAACCACAAUUUUGCCGAAACUGAUCUGAGGUUAUUGUUCUCAUCCCCUGUGCUCUCUUUUAGUUUUGGUUCCGGUAGAUUGUACAUGUUUUUAUAGGGCUGCUUCCCACAGUUGAACAUGACGCUUCAGAUGUUUAGGAAAAUGCGUUGAGUUCAGUUCAGUUUAAAUCGAGGACAUGUUAAGGUAGGCACUGCCAGUUUGUGGAAGAUCCAUGGCACCACAGCCAUCAACCAUGUUGGUCUCUGCAGUCUGCAUUUGGCUGCUGCUUUCAGCCACACGACUGCAUGCAGAGAUGGGCUUGUGGUUUGUGCGCAGUCCAGAGCCAAUUGUAGCUCCUCCUGGCGAUGAAGUUGUGUUUGAGUGUUCACUAAAUGUUCCGGCCGAGCAGGUGCGGUGGAGGCAUGAUGGUCGAUUCCUGCACCAUAAUCAUGGCAAUGAAACAAGUUCCUCAGGUUUAGGGAACCACAGCACCAAGAGCAGUCAUCUGGUGGUAAGAGUUCAUGAUGAACAUCAGGCAGGUGACUACCAGUGUGUUGCAUGGAUUGGGGCAUCAGCUCUGGCCUCAGUACCAGCGAGACUAAGCCUGGCUGAACUACGAGCAUUCCCCCAGCAGUCUAGCCAGCAGUAUGAAGUGGUGGCUGGCAACACUGUGGCAUUACAUUGUGGAACACCUUAUAGCAACCCACCAGCAUUAGUACAAUAUUACAGGAACAAUGAAAAGCUACAAGUUUCAGCUAAUAUGGAAUUCCUUGCCUCUAUGGGCACACUAAUCCUGCAGAAUGUCACAUCCCAGGAUACAGGAAGUUACCAUUGUGCAGCCACCAACUAUAUCACGGGUCAGACAGUAUCAUCACAAUUCAAUAUCAUGUUGCGGGUUGUGCCUCAGGGAGUACAGGAGGCUCCCCACUUCCUCAACACUCCAUGCACAAACUACACUAUUCAAGCAGGUUCAAAUGUAACGCUGGAAUGCAGUGCAGUGGGUGACCCUCCUCCGCAGGUAACUUGGCACAAAUCUGGUGGCACAAUACCCCCAAAUAGGACAGAACUGCUUCCUGGAGGACUCCAUCUUAGCCAUGUUAGGAAAGGAGAUGAAGGGGUGUACAUAUGUGAUAUGAGUAAUGGAGUGGGGCAGCCAGUCAGACAUUCGGCCAUGUUGUAUGUACAGGAACCUCCAGUGAUUGUGAAGGAGUCAAGGAAUCAGAUGGUAAAAGAGGGAGGAGACAUGCAGCUGGACUGCCUGGUUAGUGGUUCACCUGCACCUAGAAUCAGCUGGCUGCUGAAUGGAGAGCCAGUCGCUAAUGAUAGCCAUGUGGGAACUACAGCAGAAGGGAAGCUAAAUAUCACCCAAGUAGAAAAGCGCCAUGCAGGAAUCUAUCAGUGUUUUGCUACCAAUGAGCUGGGCUCGGUGUAUGGCUCUGUGAUGUUGCAGGUAUUACCAAAACAAGUGACAGCUAUGCCUACAAGUGAUCUCCUGCCAGGAACAGGGGAACUAGAAGAGCCCUUGGAUGGUGGAGUGAACUUUGCCACUCCAGUUCCAACAUCAGGUUUCAGAGGCCAUGGCAGAAAGGAUCAUACUCGCAAAGGCAAAGGACGCAGAAAGGACCGGAAACAUAAAGGCAAUGCUGUUAUGAUUCCUCCAAGCCGCCCAAAUAUUACAAGACUGACAGACUCAUCUGUGAUGGUUCGUUGGGGAGUUCCCCCAAAUAAUGGUCUUCCAAUCCAGUUCUUUAAAGUUCAGUACCGUGAAAUGACAAGGACUGGCAAUUCCAGACGAAGAGGUGGUGGAAGUGGUGCCCGCAGUAGAGGACCUUCUCAGGGCAAGGGCUCUCGCUGGAUGACAAACAAUGAAGAUAUCCCACCACAUAUACGCAGCUAUGAAGUGGAUGGACUGGAGACUGACCACACAUAUAGAUUCCGCAUUGCAGCUGUCUACUCAAACAAUGACAAUAAGCUGGGCCCAAACUCGGCCAGGUUCCACCUUCACAAAGGGCCCUUAAACAAUAAGAAUCCAUUGUCACCCCCAGUCCUGAUGCAUACAGAAGCUGUCAGUGCAACUGCAAUCAGGAUCUGUUGGCAGUACAUGAGAUCAGUGGCAGUUCCUGUGGAGGGUUUCUAUGUUUACUACAGGGAAACAAGCAGCGCAGGCGAUUAUAUUAAGGCAACAGUCGAGGGCGAGGCACAGCGAUCAUUUGUCAUCACACACCUUCAGCCAGACACAUCAUAUGACAUCAAACUGCAAAGUUUUACUGUGGGGGCAGCCUCUGAUUUCAGCAUCAUUCUCACACAUAAGACUUUGCGUGUUCUGACAGAAACUCCUCCUUUGGCACCGGAAGUGGUGAGUCCUAAUAUGGCUGUGGGAGAAUCGUCGAACACGCAGCUGUACUUAGUUCUGGGCGCUGUUCUUGGUGGUCUUCUGUUGCUGGUCAUUCUUUUCCUUAUCAUCUUCAUUUGUAACAGGCAAAGGAGUAACAGUCAGUCUUCUCAAGAUGCAAAUGAACAUCAAGACAAAUUCAGUGACCCAGCAUUGCAGUUGGAAACUGUGAAUGUGUUUGGACUGAAUAGUAAGAAUCUCUUAAAUGGUUGUAUGGUGCAAAAUGGUUUUCUGCAAAAUAAUAGGAUGAAUAUCACAAGCAACCCUCUGGCUGAGACUGAUGAGGAUAAGAACCAAAAUGUAAUGGAGAUGGCAUACUUGUCGAGGCAGAAUAACAACUGUUCUGCAGGGAGUGAAGCUAGUGCCAGUGCAAGUGGUGCUAGUACAUCAGGUGAUGAGGGUACUCAGCCAAGCCCAUCUAAAGUCAACGUGAGUGAAGCCACAAGUUGGCGAGUAGUAGCACCGGAUAAAGCUGCGGAAGAAAACUAUGUCUGAUGUACACGGUGCAUUACUUGGCACUAAUACACUGUUUAAACAGUGAUGUGAGUAAAAUUUUAUUUUUUGUGAUAUAGAAACUUGGUCCAUGUUGGUCACUGUUUGGCAGUUUUUAUUGGCCUUGUGAGAACUCACAUACUUUCCUUGCCAAGUGAGGUGCCUGCAAAUUAAUGUAUUUAUUUUGCUUUGUCUGUGUUAUAGCCCACUAGUCAUAAUAUAGCCACAGUUAUUUUUUUCUCCAUCUGUUCCUAAUACCCAAGUUAUCCUCACAAGUGGUCCAUUAUUAAGCCAGUUGAAUGCAUUUAUUGAUGUCAGUAAAGGCAGCAAUAUGCUGACGGGUUUAUGUUCUUAUCCUGUAUUACCUUUACAGUAGAUGUAAAGGAACUGGUAUAUUUUAAAGAAAACGGAAAGAUUUUUAGUUGCUAGGUCGCCUUAUUUAUUAUAGUUUGCAGGCACCUGCCACCUUAUUUGUACUUAUAGUGCACAUUGUGGAUGUUGGUGCAAUUGAAAGUCAUAAAAAUAAUUUACAGUCUUACAGUAACAUACAAAAUUAUACAAGGUUGUAAAUUUUCUUUCUGUGUUUAACAAAUAUAGUUGUUUGUUAAUUUUUGAGAGUAUAUGCACAAGUUAUAACAUUACAUUUAAAUUUACCAGUUAAAUAUAGAAAGUAGUACUUUUAAUUGCAUCAUGUUAUAGCGGAAACUUUACUGUCCAAGAUAAACAUUUGAUAUUUAUAUUAAUACGAAUUCUUCUUUAUUUGUGUUUCCAGUCAGAAAACUUAAAUUAAUUAUAGUAUUUUCUUCAAAAAAUUUCCUCAAUUUUAAAAUGCCAUCAGUUGUAAGACAUGCCCUUGAUUUAGUAAUAGGAUUUUAACUACUGUCAAAUUUCAUUACUGUGAAGCACUGGGGACCAAUCAUUUUGGACUUUGAAUGGAAUGGUUUUCUAUUAUAUAACUUCCACUGCCUCCACCGUCUGCUGGGUAUUGUAUAGCAUUCUCAACAUAUGAACAGUAUACAGGAAUGGUAUUGGGAGUGAGUGAGUGGUGGUUGGUAAUUAGGAUACUUGCAUUAAGUUAUGGAAGAAUGUGACAAGAUAUGAUAUAUAUAGAGGAAUGUGCAUUUUAUAAUGUAAAAUUAUUCAUUUGAUCUGCUGACUAAUGAUAAAAGUCAGAAGAACAGCAGCCUUGAUGUUAGGGAUUCUGAGGAGAGCUGCGGGUCUUGGGAUUAAGACACUGAAGUCUAUUAGGGAGGAUUGUGGGUUCAGUCGCCAGUCAGACUUGUGCCCAUGGAUUUUCUGCUCACAGAUUGAAACCUUGAUGUCUACCAAAAAUAAAACUUAGCGGUUAUGAAGAAUGCCAGUCAUCAUCAUGGUUCAGAGAUCACGUUAAGCAGUAUGUCCCCUUUACCAACCAUCAUUCUGUCACUGUCACUGGAAGUAACAGUAUCCAUCUUAUUGAUGCUCCGACUUUAGAAAUGGAUUCUAUGCCCUUGCCUAGAUGAGCAGAAGCUAAGGUCAUUAUAGAUCAUACCUGGUAUCAUUAGGUAAAAAGAAAGAAUAUGAAGGAUUUGAGAGGUUGCUGGUAUUUUUCUCAAGAAGUCAGCCAUUUUCCUUUUCAUUUAUGCUGUUAAAAGUCUGGAGUAUAAUAUGAAAUUUAUAUUUCUGUAAUAUUUAAAUGUUGUUUAACUUUGCUAUUAUGAGCUGGGAUAGCUCAGUCAGUAUAGUGACUAGCUACAGGCUGGACGAUUGGAGUUUGAUCCCCAAUGGCGCAAAGGAUUUGUCUUCUGGCCUCUUGUGUCCAGACCGGCUCUGGGGUCCACCCAGCCUCCUAUCCGGUGGGUACUGGGAUCUUUUCCCAGUGUAAAUCAUGGCCAGGGGAUGAUGCUGACCACUCACCCCAUCUAGUGUCAAGGUCAAGAAUGAGUAGGAGCUAUACCACCUCUCCCCCCAAGUGACCUACAUGGUGUGUACCAGGACUGCUUUACUUAACUUUGCUAUGAUUCUGUGAAGCACUGUUCCUUGUUUUGUGUCUUCAUGAUGUUGUGUUGUAUGAGGGAUAAUUGUGAAACUAAAUCCACCUUACACCAGUCAUUUUUCAUGGUCUUAUAUGUUUGUUUUGUAACCCAGAGCUUGGAUAGUUUAGUUUCUCUUGAAUUGUUGAAGAUUCAUUCACAGGAAAGGAUCUGAAACGCAUAUGUGUGUAAUCUAUAUACUGCCCCAUUGUUGAAUUUUGUAACUAAAUGCCGCAGGUUUCAAAUCUGCAUCACUGUUCCAGUUGAAUUAUAGGUAAGUAGCUCAGUGCAGGCAGCUUUGUGUGUGUACAGUGUGACAGCAAGUAUGUGGAAUCUCUUAUUUCAUUAACAGUGCACUUGAUGACUUCCAAUGUACAAGUAAUUCAAAUCAUGUUUUGAAUUUUCCUAAUGAGAUUGUUACAAGGCCUUAUUUCCAGCUAUUCAUAUAUUCAGGCAGGUGGAUGGCAACAUAUUUAAAUAGGUUUGUGCAAACAGUUCAUUAUACUGAUAUAGUUUUAGUAUGAAAUGUUUUCAUUUGGAUGAAUUCAUUGUUUUAAGACAAGGCCAGAAAAUAUUUUCAGACCUUACUGUUCCAUUGCAUACUGGUGUUCUUAAAGAUGUCAGUGUGUGGAGUGGACCGCUUAAUGUAUGCGUAAGGAAUCACCAUUUCACGAAGUUACAACAGUAUUCCUCUUGAAUGAGCAUCACACAAUUCCUUCUGAUCAGUGCCCUUUUGAGGAACUACAAGAACUUUUUACAGUAGUGGUGGACUAUUUUAUAUGGGAGUUAUUUUAGAAGAGACUUUUUAACUUGAUGACUCCAAAGGCUAAGAUUUAUAUAACUUCACAUUGAACAUAAUGUGCCCAUCAGUUCUUAUGAACUGUGAAUGUAGUUAUGUCUCCAUGUGUUGAAAUUCAAAACAAGUAGAUAUUUGAAUGUUUUGUAUGGCAGUUCUCUGUCAUGUGUGGCUGUUAAUGUUACUGUAUCAACUACCAGUGUUCUGCAGCAUCAUAUGAUAUAAGAAUGUUUGUGAAUGCUGAAUUGAGAGACAUAUGUGAGGCAACAUGAGCCGGGAUA